GGGGUCCCACCUCAACAACAACAACCUUCACUUGGGAUGCCCACACCACCCUUCAUGGGUAUGCCGCAAGGGUCUAGUGGGAAGAGUCCUGCUCCGCCCCCAGGGGGCCUUCCUAUGCCCCCAAUGGGUAUGCCUGGAGGGAUGAUGCCGCCCCCACCAGCAGGACUUCCUAGCUUCCCUGGAGGACCUGGUGGUAUGCUACCUAUGCCCCCACCAGGUGGGGCGUUCGGCAACAUGCCUCCACCUCCUGGAUUCGCUAAUAUGAUGCCCAUGCCUGGUGGCUUCGCACCUCCCCAGAGCGGGCAGCAGGGGCAGAACAUAGCGGGAUCAGCUUCACCCGAGAUGGCCAAGAUACCCCUGGCUGAGCGGCUAGCUCAUGAUCCUCAUGAGAGGCCUCCAGACGACUUCCCUCCUAACGAGACCCUCUAUAUCAACAACCUCAAUGAUCGGGUCAAACCGGAAGAGCUGAAGAAGUCGAUCCUCGAGCUAUGUAAGCCCUGUGGUACUGUAAUAGACUGUAUUGCGAUGCGGUCACUCCGGCGGAGGGGUCAGGUGUUUGUUGUUUUUUCGUCGAAAAAGGAGUCAUCAUCAGCGAUGAAGAAGCUGCAAGGCCACAGUCUGUACAGCAAGAACAUGCGGGUGUCGUACGCCAAGACUAAGUCUGACGCGAUUGCCAAAAAGGAAGGUACAUACGUCCGUCGGGAUAAGGAGAAGUUGAGGGAGAUGAGAGCGGCAGCACAGGCUAAGCUGCAGCCCGAAGCGGCAGCUCAAGCGGCUGCAGCAGCAGCGGCAGCAGCAGCGGCGAAAGCUGCUGUACCUGGAGGGCCUAUGCCGGGUGGUAUGCAGCAACCUACACCUCCUAACUUUACAGGCAUGCCCUCGGGCUUCCAAGGUAUGCCUUUUAAUAUUGGACAGCAACAACAACCUGCUCAACAGAAGAAGCUUACUACGGCAGAGGAUUUCUUCAACACCGCAGUGUCGGCACCCAAGGUUGUGCAGCAUUCUAACGUUCCUAAUAAGACACUUUUCGUGGAGAAUCUACCCCCGAGGUGCACGCCUGAGAAGCUCACAGCAGUGUUCAAGUCCUAUCCAGGCUUCGAGGGCACACGUGUGAUAGCUGAACGACAGGUCGGGUUCAUAGACUUCAGUAGCGAGUUCCAGGCCACUAUGGCCAAGAAUGCUAGAGGUGACUACACUAUGGAGGGGCAGUUGGUGAAGAUAUCCUACGCUCGGAAGUGAUCAUCAUGCAGCUACCCUACAGCGGAUGUUGGGUUAAUA